AUGGAUUUUAUUUUUAUUUGUUUAUUUGCUGAUGAGCUCGUUUUUGCUUGUCAUCUUGAGGAUGUCGAACUCCCAGUCGAGAGUUUCCCCGGUAAAUAUGUGUAUGAUCCGUUUUAUGAUGGGUUUGUAGGUGUUGAGUAUUUUGCAUUUGAAGAGGUGGUGCUCGGUGAUCUUGAUCGGUGGGAGACCUGUGAAUACGAAUGCGAGUUCUCUUACCGGCAUGUUCCAGAGGCCAAUGCCUCCUUCUUCCCAGCUGAGAGAAGCUCUUUCGAUUCGCAUUCGGUUUUUGUAUUUGCCGUUGUCACUGAAGUGGAUGCCAAGGUAUCUUUCUGGUUCGGUGGAGAUUGGGUAACCAUACCGCACCAUCGGCACAACAGCCUUCAUCAAAGGGCUUGUAGCUCAGAUGGUAGAGCGCUCGCUUAG